UGGCAAACUCCUUUCUCUACUACACAAUUCACUGGACAUAAGCAGGCGACCAAAAAUUUUUUGUUUAUUAGGGUUGGAUCUUUAUUUUGGUUUCAGCGAGAGAGAUAUGGAAAUAUUACGAACUCAGAGGAAAGCGUCUUCGACGGACGCUGUUCCAACCCUCCCUUUGUACCGAUCUGCCCCGCCACUCGAAGUGAGACUGGAAGAUUUCGAGCUAUUCGCCAUCGAUCGUCUUCGGGUUCUAAAAGGGAUUUCUGAUGGUUUAUCACGAGGGAAGAAACCAGAGGAAAUGAUGAAAUUGAUAACUGAUCUAUGGAAGGCUCACAUGAGACACCAGAAUGCAUCAGAGGUUAUUAACAAGGAUAUUAUCUCCCAUUUUGUUCUACGACUGGUGUAUUGCAGAACUGAGGAACUGAGGAAAUGGUUUUUGCAAAUGGAGACUACACUUUUCCGCUAUCGUUUACGGAUGGAGAGCCUUGACGUGCAGAGGGCACUUAUGGGAGACUUUGACCUUCCCUGCAAACAAGUCAGCAACACAGAGUUUGAGGUUCUAAAGGAAAAAUUGGGUCAAGUUUCACGUUCCAUUGGUCCAUCUUUGGCAACCACUGACACAAUAUUCUUCAAGGUACCCUUUGAAGAAGUCCCAGAUCUUGUUUCUACCCGCAGAGUUUUAAUAGUUAAAGGUUAUGCAUAUGUUGCUAUGAAUCAGGUGGUUUCCCUUGUUGUCACUCAAUUCCGCAGUCUUUUAUCAAAGGCGCUUGUGCUGACAAACAGAAAAUGGACAUCGACCAUCAGUGGGCAAGAGAAGGACAGGUUGACUCCUAUUGUGGAAGCACUGAGUACAAGCUAUCUGGGUCCUGAUUAUUCUCAGCCAAAGGAAUUUGUAGAGAUAUCAAUUAAGGACAUUGAUCAAGUUGCUAAUACUUCCUUUCCUCUUUGUAUGCGUCACCUGUUUGAUAAGCUAAGAGAUGAGCAUCAUUUAAAGCAUGGAGGAAGGAUGCAAUUGGGUCUUUUUCUCAAGGGUGUUGGCUUGAGAGUGGAUGAUGCUCUUGCAUUUUGGAAAGCAGAGUUCUCUCAAAAGGUUGGUGCCGAGAGGUUUGACAAGGAAUACGCAUACAGUAUACGCCAUAACUAUGGAAAAGAAGGAAAGAGAACGGAUUACACACCCUAUUCAUGUCAAAAAGUAAUCUCAUUAACUCCUGGUGUAGGAGAUCAUCAUGGCUGCCCUUAUCGCCAUUUCAGCGAGGAGAACUUGAGAGCAGCCCUUGGUAAGAUGGGAGUCGGUGGUCGUGCAGUAGAGGACGUGAUGGACAAAGUUCAAAAUCGGCAUUAUCAGUUGGCUUGUACCUUGACAUUUGAAGCCGUUCAUGGCACCUCGUGUGAUGCUGGAAUCAACCACCCAAACCAAUACUUCAGCGACAGCCAAAAGAUCCUUCAAUCAAAGAACAAUACUGUAACAUAAGAGGUGGCUAUUUUCAGGUGCUACAAGGGGUUUCUGUUGUUCUUGAGGCUGGUAAUGAGCAGGGUAUUACAGAAUUGAUGACCAUGAAUUUCCACAGAAUAACCACCAAUGGAGCUAAUGCCAAUGUCCCAAAUCUGCACCUACCUUUUGAUUUAUCUAUAAAAAGGGAGAAAAUAGGUGUGGUCUGCUUGUGAGUCAAGGCGGUACAAUCACCAAGCAUAUGUUUCCCUUGCAAGAAACCUAUUCCUUCAGUUCUAUAAAUAACCUCCUUUACUAUACUCAAAAAGCUUUUGUAGCUUUUGUCAUUAGUUGCCUUAAAACACCUGAGUGUCAAUAGUGUGUGGACGUGUAUAAGUUAUCAUCAGGGGUAGGUCUGUAAUACAGUAGGAUGUUAAAUUGUAUUGUUAAAUGCUGGAAAUGCUUUGUAAAAUUUCUAUAUUGGCAAAAUGAGUUCUCAUAGAUUUCAACUUAUAGAAAAUGUUAUCUGCUUUUGGAAAGAGAUUUUUGGAGAAAAAUAGAGUCCUUAUGAUA